AAGAUGGCGGCGCGGGCGCGGGCGGGGGGCAGCGGGGGCCGGGGGGCGGUGGGACGCUGACCCCGCCCCCUGCUGCUGCCACUCUGCGCCGGGCGUCGGCAGUGGUGGAGCCCGCAACAUGGCGGCUGCGACACUCAGCUUCGGCCCUGAGCGAGAGGCCGAGCCUGCCAAGGAGGCGCGCGUCGUGGGUUCUGAGCUCGUGGACACGUACACGGUUUAUGUCAUACAGGUUACCGAUGGCAACCAUGAGUGGACGAUCAAACACCGUUAUAGUGAUUUUCACGACCUACAUGAAAAGCUUGUUGCAGAGAGAAAAAUUGACAAAAAUCUCCUUCCACCCAAAAAGAUAAUUGGAAAGAACUCUAGAAGCUUGGUAGAGAAGAGGGAGAAAGAUCUGGAGGUGUACCUCCAGACUCUCCUGAUGACCUUCCCUGAUGUGGCUCCCAGGGUUCUGGCCCACUUCCUGCAUUUUCAGCUCUAUGAAAUAAAUGGUAUCACUGCAGCACUGGCUGAAGAACUCUUUGAAAAAGGAGAACAACUUCUAGGAGCCGGUGAGGUCUUUGCCAUCAGGCCUUUGCAGCUCUAUGCUGUCACAGAGCAGUUGCAGCAGGGAAAGCCUACUUGUGCCAGCGGUGAUGCCAAGACUGACCUUGGACACAUCCUAGACUUCACCUGUCGCCUUAAGUACCUUAAGGUUUCUGGCACAGAAGGACCUUUUGGGACCAGCAAUAUUCAGGAGCAGCUCCUGCCCUUUGAUCUUUCAAUAUUCAAGUCUCUUCACCAGGUGGAGAUAAGUCAUUGUGAUGCCAAGCAUAUCCGAGGGCUGGUCACCUCCAAGCCAACUUUAGCCACAAUGAGUGUUAGAUUCUCUGCAACCACCAUGAAGGAAGUUCUUGUUCCUGAAGCCUCAGAAUUUGAUGAGUGGGAGCCUGAAGGCACAACCCUCCUUGGCCCUGUGACUGCUAUCAUCCCAACAUGGCAAGCACUAACUACUCUGGACCUGAGCCAUAACAGCAUCUCUGAGAUCGACGAAUCUGUGAAACUGAUCCCAAAGAUUGAGUACCUGGACCUGAGUCACAAUGGAGUACUAGUUGUGGACAACCUGCAGCACCUGUACAACCUUGUGCACCUUGACCUGUCCUACAACAAGCUCUCCUCCCUGGAAGGCGUACACACUAAACUGGGCAAUGUCAAAACCCUAAACCUGGCGGGCAACUUCUUAGAGAGUCUGAGCAGUCUGCACAAACUCUACUCCCUGGUUAAUCUGGACCUCAGAGACAACCGAAUUGAGCAGUUGGAUGAGGUCAAGAGCAUAGGCAGCCUGCCGUGUCUGGAGCGUGUGGCUUUGCUGAACAACCCUUUGAGCAUCAUCCCUGACUACCGAACCAAGGUUCUUUCCCAGUUUGGAGAACGAGCCUCUGAGAUCUGUCUAGAUGAUGUCACAACCACAGAGAAAGAGCUGGACACUGUGGAAGUGCUGAAGGCAAUCCAGAAAGCCAAAGACGUCAAGUCCAAACUGAACAGCAUGGAAAAGAAGGUUGUUGAGGACUACCGGCUCCCACCUGCUCCCUGCAUCAGAUCCAGCAACUCCUCCUCUGCUACAGCUCCCGCCUCAGCCUCCCUGCCUCAGCCUAUCCUCUCUAACCAAGGUAUCAUGUUCGUACAGGAAGAGGCCCUGGCCAGCAGUCUCUCAUCCACUGAUAGUCUGCCUCCCGAGGACCGGCCCAUUGCCCGAGCCUGCUCUGACUCCUUGGAAUCUAUCCCCACAGGACAGGUGGCCUCUGAAGAUUUAAGGGAUAUACCAGGAGCUGUUGGCGGUGUGAGCCCAGAUCACGCAGAGCCAGAGGUUCAGGUGGUGCCUGGGUCAGGCCAGAUCAUCUUCCUGCCCUUCACUUGCAUCGGCUACACAGCCACCAACCAGGACUUUAUCCAGCGCCUCAGCACACUGAUCCGCCAGGCCAUUGAACGGCAACUCCCUGCCUGGAUUGAGGCUGCCAACCAGCGAGAGGAAGCCCAUGGUGAACAGGGUGAGGAGGAGGAAGAAGAGGAAGAAGAGGAGGAUGUUGCCGAGAACCGCUACUUUGAAAUGGGACCCCCAGACGCAGAGGAAGAGGAGGGGAGCGGCCAGGGAGAAGAUGAGGAAGAUGAAGACGAGGAGGCUGAGGAGGAACGCCUGGCUCUGGAGUGGGCCCUGGGCGCUGACGAGGACUUCCUGCUGGAGCACAUCCGCAUCCUCAAGGUGCUGUGGUGCUUCCUGAUUCACGUGCAAGGCAGCAUCCGCCAGUUCGCUGCCUGCCUUGUACUCACCGACUUUGGCAUUGCUGUCUUUGAGAUCCCACACCAAGAGUCACGAGGCAGCAGCCAGCACAUCCUCUCCUCCCUGCGUUUUGUUUUCUGCUUCCCACAUGGUGACCUCACGGAGUUUGGCUUCCUCAUGCCGGAGCUGUGUCUGGUGCUCAAGGUGCGGCACAGUGAGAACACGCUCUUCAUCAUCUCAGAUGCUGCCAACUUACACGAGUUCCAUGCUGAUCUGCGCUCCUGCUUUGCGCCACAGCACAUGGCCAUGCUGUGCAGUCCCAUCCUUUACGGCAGCCACACCACCCUGCAGGAGUUCUUGCGCCAGCUGCUCACCUUCUACAAGGUGGCCGGUGGUAGUCAGGAGCGCAGCCAGGGCUGCUUCCCUGUCUACCUGGUCUACAGUGACAAGCGCAUGGUCCAGACAGCUGCCGGGGACUACUCAGGCAACAUUGAAUGGGCUAGCUGCACACUGUGCUCGGCAGUGCGUCGCUCCUGCUGCGCGCCCUCUGAGGCCGUCAAGUCAGCUGCCAUCCCCUACUGGCUGCUGCUCACGUCCCAGCAUCUCAAUGUCAUCAAGGCCGACUUCAACCCCAUGCCCAACCGUGGCACCCACAACUGCCGCAACCGCAACAGCUUCAAGCUGAGCCGGGUCCCACUCUCUACUGUGCUGCUUGACCCCACUCGCAGCUGCACCCAGCCACGGGGCGCCUUCGCUGAUGGCCAUGUGCUCGAGCUGCUUGUUGGCUACCGCUUUGUUACCGCCAUCUUUGUGCUGCCUCACGAGAAAUUCCACUUCCUGCGAGUCUACAAUCAGCUACGCGCCUCACUGCAGGACCUGAAGACUGUGGUCAUCUCCAAGAAUCCUUCAGCUAAGCCAAGAACCCAAACCCAUCUUGUGGGUGGCCAGCCUGCCAAGAGCAGGGCCAGUGCUGAGCAGCAGCUGCAGGAGACCCCAGCAGAAGCUCCUGCUCCAGUGCCAGCUCCAGCUGCAGCCCCAGCAGAAGCCUCAGCUCCAGCUCCAGCUCCAGCUCCAGCUCCAGCUCCUGGAGAGGACCCAGUUCUAACUUCAGCAAAGGCUCCAGCCCCAGCAGAGGCUCCAGCUCCACCAGAGGCUCCAGCUCCACCAGAGGCUCCACCAGCCCCAGCAGAGGCUCCAGCAGAGGCUUCAGCUCUAGCAGAGGCUCCAGCUCCAGCAGAGGCUCCAGCCCCAGCAGAGGCUCCAGCUCCAGCAGAGGCUCCACCAGCCCCAGCAGAGGCUUCAGCAGCCCCAGCAGAGGCUCCAGCUCCAGCUCCAGCAGAGGCUCCGACUCCAGCAGGGCCAUCUGCUCCAGCAAGGGCUCCAGCAGGGGCAUCUGUUCCAGCGGGGGCAUCUGCUCCAGCGGGGGCAUCUGCUCCAGCAAGGGCUCCAGCUCCAGCGGGGGCAUCUGCUCCAGCGGGGGCAUCUGCUCCAGCAAAGGCCCUGGCACAAGCAGAGGUCCCUGCCCAGUACCCAAGUGAGCGCCUAAUCCAGUCCACAUCUGAGGAGAAUCAGAUCCCUUCUCACUUGCCAGUCUGCCCAUCACUCCAGCACAUUGCCCGUCUUCGAGGGAACGCCAUCAUUGACCUCUUCCACAGCAGCAUUGCUGAGGUUGAAAACGAGGAGCUAAGGCACCUCCUGUGGUCAUCAGUGGUAUUCUACCAGACCCCAGGGCUGGAAGUGACCGCCUGUGUGCUGCUCUCCACCAAGGCCGUAUACUUCAUUCUGCACGACGGCCUCCGCCGCUACCAUUCUGAACCACUGCAGGAUUUCUGGCACCAGAAAAACACUGACUAUAACAACAGUCCUUUCCACAUCUCUCAGUGCUUUGUGUUCAAACUCAGUGACUUGCAGUCAGUCAACGUUGGCCUUUUCGACCAGUACUUCCGGCUGACGGGCUCCUCCCCGAAACAGGUGAUCACGUGCUUGACUCGCGACAGCUACCUGACACAUUGCUUCCUCCAGCAUCUGAUGCUUGUGCUGUCCUCCUUGGAGCGCACACCCUCACCUGAGCCUGUUGACAAGGACUUCUACUCGGAAUUUGGGGACAAGAAUACAGGGAAAAUGGAGAACUAUGAGCUGAUCCACUCCAGCCGCGUCAAGUUCACCUACCCCAGUGAGGAAGAGGUCGGAGACCUGACCUAUAUUGUUGCAGAGAAGGUGGCUGAUCCUGCAAAGAGUCCAGCCCUCAGCAUCCUACUAUACAUACAGGCCUUCCAGGUGGUCACACAGCAGCUUGGGCGGGGCAGGGGCCCCCUGCGCCCUAAGACACUCCUCCUGACCAGUGCUGAGAUCUUCCUCCUGGACGAGGACUACAUCCACUAUCCAUUGCCUGAAUUUGCCAAAGAGCCACCACAGAGGGACAGAUACCGGCUAGAUGAUGGCCGCCGUGUCCGGGAUUUGGACCGGGUGCUCAUGGGCUACUAUCCCUACCCACAGGCCCUCACUCUUGUUUUUGAUGACACACAGGGCCAUGACCUCAUGGGGAGUGUCACCCUGGACCACUUUGGGGAGGUGCCAGGUGGUCCUGGCCGGGCUGGCCAGGGCCGGGAGGUUCAGUGGCAGGUGUUUGUCCCCAGUGCUGAGAGCCGAGAAAAGCUCAUCUCACUGCUCGCACGACAGUGGGAAGCUCUUUGUGGCAGGGAGCUGCCUGUGGAGCUCACUGGCUAGUGCAUGCCACAGCAGCCCUGGCCUCCUGCCAUGACCAGCCUAGCCUGGUGCCCAUGAGGGCAGGGAAGCGGGCCUUUUGUGUUCUUUUUAAGGUCUUUCUCCUCUCCCUUGGUUCCUCCAUUGAUUGCCCAUGGCCCCCACACAUGUGACCAGCUCCUACAGAGAAUGUGAACAUGUGUACUCAGUUAAUCCUUCCUAACGCUGGGAAGGUGUAUGCCAGCCCCACCAGAGCGUCCUUGUGCUGUUAGCGUCCCUUAUGUCGCCUGCCCCUGAAGUGGCAUGGCCAGUCACGCCAGCAUUGUUUUGUCUGUGAUUGAUGCUGUUGUUAGCGUGGCGCUGUGGACCUGAUAACCCCCACGUCCUUUCCUGAAGUGUUAAGUCCAGCCCUUUGUUGCUGUUGCUGUCAUUGUGGGCGUGCUGCUGCUAAUUACAAAGCUGGUAGCAAAAUACAUGUGGCAAGCUCCCAUGUCGUGGGCUUUUCAAAAUGGAGGCCUCCUCAAGUCCAGACCAGAGGAGGUCCUACGGGGAGUUCCCAGGUCAUAGGUCCAAGAGGAGCCAGUGCAGGGGACCUAGAGCUGCCAGCACCAAGUAUAAUUCCUGUUGCCUAUGUUCUCUAUUCUAAUAAAAUGGAGUUUGACACAA